AUGAUGCGACGUUCUCAAAGGCAUUCAUGUUCCGCUUUACCACCAAUGAAUAAUAGUAGCAACAACAGUAGCAGCAGUAGCAGUAGAGAUAAUACUGAUAAAACAGAUAGAUCAUUUCGAAGACGCCGAACUACAUCAUUUGGCAAAUUAUCACAGUUUUUGCAAACUGGCAGCAUUCUUGGUGAUUCAGGAUCAGUUCAAUCAGCAUUGCUAGAUUUAUCCACUACAGGAAAAUUAAUGACAAAAAUUGCUGAGUCACAACGUCGUGCUGUGGAAUCAUUGGCUACAUGGGCGCAUAAUGCAGGUAAUGCAGCAAUUGAUGAUGUUAUGCAGCAAACUAGAGAAUUAUAUGAAAUAUUCACUGAUAAAGAAUUGCAGUUUGCUCGCCAAUAUAUGCAUUAUGUGCAGCAACUGCAAAAAAUAGCGGAUGCAGAGCGAGCGGUAAAAGACGCAAAAGAAAAUGUGAUAGAUUUGGAAGAAAAAGAAAAGAAGUUAAAACGUGAAAUUGGAAAAGGCGUUUCGUUCUUCAGACAACGUCGUGGUGGUGACAUUUAUUUGCUGAAGCAGAAACUUGAAGAGGUUAAAGCUUCGAGGGAACGAUCUGAGCAAAUUUUAUCCGAUCUUCGAGCUGAAAUGGAAGUUGUAAAAAUGUUCAGAUUUAGGAAUGGUAUGCAGGGUAUAGCGGAUGCUUAUCAAGAUUUUGCACGGAGUUGUCAGGCUAUUUUUAGUUGUCAACGUGAAAUAAUUGAAAUGGUACCGGCAGUAUCAAAUCAAGAUGUGCGCCAUAUGAUUUACCGUGGAUCUCCAGUAACUCGAGAUCGCGUAGAGAAUUUGAGAAGAUCUUUGGAACAUGGCUUAACAGUGUCAGAAAAUAAUUCAUGGCCUAACAUCACAGUAUCAGUGCCAAGACGACGUAGUGAACCGAAAUUUCAUGUUUAUCAAUCAUACAACAGUUCUCCUCCACCACCAUAUGCUGCUGCAUCUAGAAAUAUAUCACUUCCAGAAUAUCAGACUGAAGCUAUUAAUUAUCAAGUAGAAAACGCUGAACUUCAAACAUGCUCUCAUUGUGGACAGUCUGUUCAACAUUUACCGAAUUCAAAUCUAAAACAUACUGUUGUAACUGGCAAUGUUAUGUGA